AUUCAAACAAGACUCCAGAGCUCUAAAUGACCCUUUUCUCUGUAUGGAAAGCAGUUAGCCUCAGAAGCUCCCGUAAUUACUGUUAUGCCACUCCGGUCUCUUCAGCUGAAAACCUCCUUGAUUUACUCCGUCUCUCACUCACCCACAAGUCUCUCAAACUCACUCAACAAUGCCAUGCUCGAAUUCUCUCUCUUGGUUUCACUCAAAACCCCUUUUUGGCCACCAAACUCAUCUCUGCGUAUGCUAUAUUCGGCGUCCCAGCUCUGUCCCGACUCGUUUUUGACUCGCUACAUUUCAAGAGUGUUUACCUAUGGAACUCGCUGAUUAAUGGGUUUGUAAAAAAUCGUGCUUAUAAUGAAGCUUUUGGUUGGUUUUAUCAAAUGUGUUGCCGUGGUGUUUUGCUUGAUGACUAUACCCUUGCAACAAUGUCAAAAGUUUGCCACGAGAUUGGUGACUUGAAUGCAGGGAAAUUGAUUCAUGGGAAAAGUUUAAAAACUGGGUUUGUUUUGGAUGUUAUAGUUGCCAAUUCUCUUAUGUCAAUGUAUAGCAAAUGUGGGGGAUUUGGAGAAUGUUUGAAACUAUUUGAUGAAAUGCCUGAGAGAAAUGUCGGUUCUUGGAAUGUUAUUCUAUCGGGUUAUGCGGAUUCAGGGGAUCGUAAUUUUGAUAAGGAGGUUUCAGGUUUUGUUAAAGACAUGCAGAUUGAGGGGUUAAAACCCGAUGCAUUUACAGUUUCCAGUCUUUUGACUCUGUGUAAUGGGCAUAUGGGGAAAAGGGACCAUGGGAGGGAGCUUCAUGGGUUUAUAGUGAGAAUUGAAUUGGCCGUGGGUUCUGGUACAGAAGUUCAUUUGGGAUGCUGUUUGAUUGAUAUGUACUCGAGGAGUAAUAGAGUUGAUGUGGGUAGAAGGGUUUUUGAUAGAAUGGAGUGUAGAAAUGUUUAUGCUUGGACAGCAAUGAUCAAUGGUCAUGUGCAGAAUGGAGCUCUAGAAGAAGGGCUGGUUCUUUUUCAUGAAAUGCAGGUGAGGGAUGGAGUAGAACCUAAUAAGGUGUCGCUUGUGAGUGUUCUUCCUGCUUGUAGCGCGGUUGCUGGUUUAACUGGAGUGAAACAAAUUCAUGGAUAUGCCAUUAGGAAGCAAUUCAAUAAUGAUGUUUCUUUAUGCAAUGCUUUGAUUGACAUGUAUUCCAAGUGUGGGAGCUUGGAUCAUGCAAAACAAGUCUUUGAGUUUGGUUCUUUUCGUAGGGAUCCGAUAUCUUGGAGUUCAAUGAUUUCUGGCUAUGGAUUGCACGGGAAGGGAGAGGAAGCUGUCUUUGUAUACAACAAGAUGCUUCAGCUUGGGAAUAAACCAGACAUGAUAACAAUAGUAGGGGUUCUUUCUGCUUGUAGCCGGGCUGGAUUGGUAGAUGAAGGCUUGUGCAUCUACAAGUCUGCAAUAAAUAAAUAUAGAAUUAAGCCAACUGUUGAGAUUUGUGCUUGUGUUGUGGAUAUGUUAGGCCGAUCAGGCCAGCUUGGCCAAGCUUUAGAUUAUAUUAAAACUAUGCCAAUGGAACCUAGUCCAAGUGUUUGGGGGGCUGUUGUUAGUGCUUCCAUAAUCCAUGGAAAUUCUGAGAUGCAGGAUCUGGCUUAUAGGUUCCUUGUUCAGUUAGAACCUGAAAACCCUUCGAAUUAUGUCUCGCUUUCAAAUCUACAUGCGUCUUCCAGGAGAUGGGAUGUAGUAUCUGAGGUGAAUUUUGCAUGCAUUCUUAAACUGGCCAAACUUAUUUCAAGUUUAGCUGUGUGGAUGGUAGUUUGGACAGAGACCAUUCUAGUUCCUCGCCCAUUUCUUCAACAAAUUAUUGAAACGAAAGGAGUGCGGCCAAUCUUAAAGAUAAUUGACAAGAUCUUAAGAUAUGCCGAACUGCUAGUGGCAUCACUGGCACCUAAUUCGCGAGGCAGUGAGUCACAUUCUGUAACUAUUAAAAGGAGCAAUAUUCGCAAUCAUUGAGUAACAUUGCUGGGUCUACAGCUUCUUCU